CUGCGCCGACGUGCUGACGCCAUGACGCCCGGGUCGGUGUGUGUUGGUGUGUGUGUGAGUGUGCGCGCUCCGAGUGUGUGUGUAUUUGUGUAUCGGCGGUCCCGCAGGUCCCGGAUGUUGCGGACAGUAUGAGGCGAGCGCAGGGGGACGGGGACCAGCAGCCGUCGCCGCCGCUCUCAGGUAGAAUUUGCCAGCACUUAGAAGACUUUAAUUUUACUUCAGCUGCAACCUGUCUUAAAGAGCCUACACAGAUCAUAUGCCUACAGGGAUUUCCUGUUAGACAAGACAAAUUAGAGUUUUCCUACUGACUUGGGUGAAGAGAGAACAGAAGUCUUUGUCCCCAGCUUUGGAAAUCUUGUUUAACCUUCAAACUGGCGAUGUCAAGGGUUCCAAGUCCUCCACCUCCGGCAGAAAUGUCGAGUGGCCCCGUAGCUGAGAGCUGGUGCUACACACAGAUCAAGGUAGUGAAAUUCUCCUACAUGUGGACCAUCAAUAACUUUAGCUUUUGCCGGGAGGAAAUGGGUGAAGUCAUUAAAAGUUCAACCUUUUCAUCAGGAGCCAAUGAUAAACUGAAAUGGUGUUUGCGAGUAAACCCAAAAGGGCUAGAUGAAGAAAGCAAAGAUUACCUGUCACUUUACCUGUUACUGGUCAGCUGUCCAAAGAGUGAAGUUCGGGCAAAAUUCAAAUUCUCCAUCCUGAAUGCCAAGGGAGAAGAAACCAAAGCUAUGGAGAGUCAACGGGCAUAUAGGUUUGUGCAAGGCAAAGACUGGGGAUUCAAAAAAUUCAUCCGUAGAGAUUUUCUCUUGGAUGAGGCCAACGGGCUUCUCCCUGAUGACAAGCUUACCCUCUUCUGUGAGGUGAGUGUGGUGCAAGAUUCCGUCAACAUUUCUGGCCAGAAUACUAUGAAUAUGGUGAAAGUUCCUGAGUGCCGGUUGGCAGAUGAGUUAGGAGGACUCUGGGAGAAUUCUCGGUUCACAGACUGCUGCUUAUGUGUUGCUGGCCAGGAAUUCCAGGCUCACAAAGCUAUCUUAGCAGCUCGUUCUCCAGUUUUUAGUGCCAUGUUUGAACAUGAAAUGGAGGAGAGCAAAAAGAAUCGAGUUGAAAUCAAUGAUGUGGAGCCUGAAGUUUUUAAGGAAAUGAUGUGCUUCAUUUACACGGGGAAGGCUCCAAACCUCGACAAAAUGGCUGAUGAUUUGCUGGCAGCUGCUGACAAGUACGCCCUGGAGCGUUUAAAGGUCAUGUGUGAGGAUGCCCUCUGCAGUAACCUGUCCGUGGAGAACGCCGCAGAGAUUCUCAUCCUGGCUGACCUCCACAGUGCAGAUCAGCUGAAAACUCAGGCGGUGGAUUUCAUCAACUAUCAUGCUUCGGAUGUCUUGGAGACCUCUGGGUGGAAGUCAAUGGUGGUGUCACAUCCCCACUUGGUGGCUGAGGCAUACCGCUCACUGGCUUCAGCACAGUGCCCUUUCCUGGGACCCCCACGCAAACGCCUGAAGCAAUCCUAAGAUCCUGCCUGUUGUAAGACUUCGUUUAUUUUCCAGAAGCAGCAGCCACUGUUGCUGCCACUGACCACCAGGUAGACAGCGCAAUCUGUGGAGCUUUUACUCUGUUGCGAGGGGAAAAGACUGCUUGUGGCCCCAGACUUUUAAAACAGCACUAAAUAACUUGGGGGAAACGGGGGUGGGGGGAGGGAAGGACCCAGGACUGGGGCUGUUCAACCUAAUGAAAAUCCUGUCGGUGCGUCACUGUGUUCCCUUUGGCCUGGCCGAGUUUGGUACUGUCGGGAUUCAGUUUAGGCGCUGGCCCCGAGGACAUCCAGCUGGUGGUACUUCGGAGAAACCUGUCUGCAUCUGACUGAGCAGAACAAAUCGUCAGGUGCCUGGAGCAAAAAGAAAAAAAAAAAAGAAAGGACAUUGAGUUUUAAGAGAGGGGAAAAGGAAAGAAGAAAGGAUUUUUGCAGAAUUUCUCAAAAAUCAGUUUGUGGAUUCCAGUGGUAUUUAUAUUGAAAAAAACAAAUUGUAGUCCUUCCAACUGUGCUAAAACUUGGAUAUUUGUGAAAACUUCUCACCACCAUACAAGUAUCAGAAGAGCUCUCAUUGUGUUAGCACUUAUUGUUUGCAAGAACAGAAUACAUCCUUUUAUGAAAAAUGACAAAUGAAAGUGAAAGGGGAAGGAGGUUAUUUGAUCUGGAAGAUGAGUGUUUUGAUGUGGUGGCUUUUGCAAAGAUCUUUAUGGUGUUGAAAACUGGAAAAAAUAAUUCAUCCAGAAUUCAUACUGUCUUGACAAGAACCAUGGUUCUCUGUUUUUAGAUAUUGUGGAAAAUGUUUUUUGGCAUUUUUCUCUGAUUUUAUUUCUCCUCCUGCCCCCCCUCCCUUUUUCUAAAAAACGAAAACAAAAAAACAUACAAAACAAAAACAGAACAAGAAGAGAAGAGAAAAGAAAAUUUUAUUAUUAAUGCUGUGUGAAAAAAAUCCCAGCCCAGAUUGCUCAGCUGUUCAUACCUGACUUGCCGCCUGCAUAGGAGCCAGUUCUGUUCCUUCUGAUUAGCCCCUCUUCCUACAGGGGAGAACUUCCAAAUGUUAAUUUUUUCUUUUUGAAAAUAUAAAUAAUUACUAUUUUGUACUGUGUGGUAUCUCUGGUCUUUUGUUUUACUCACCUGGCUUAUCUCUUGUGUCAGAGUUCCUUAGGGGAUUUUGAAGUCCUUCAGCUUGCAGAGAUUAUGUUUGAAAUGUCCAGUAAGUAGUAGGGAUUUAUUGAGCCUCCGUAACCUCGAGCUUCUUUUGUAACCUAUCAGCAUCUGCUAGUCUAUGUCCUUCUUGAAUAUCUCACAGUCAUGUCCUGCUGAGGGAUCAAACCCCUACCUCUACCAAGGCAAGUAAUGGUAGUGGGCUUUUUCUGCACCCUGUAUGUUUAAAGACCUAAUCCCCAUCUCCCUUCUCCUAACUAAAUAUAAAAAAAUGCAGGAGACAUGAAUUUGGAGCUUUAAAUAAAGGGAAAUUGUUGUCUCUAA